AGGUGACGUGUGCGGAGCGGAGCCGGUGCGGGAUGGAGGGGCUGUACCAGCAAACCAACAAGCAGGUCCAUGAGGUCCAGUCUUACAUGGGGCACCUGGAGACUUCAGACAAAGAGUCAGUGCACUUGGUAGAAAAUGAGAUUCAGGCAAGAAUAGACAACAUAUUCAGCAACUUGGAACGUCUGGAAAUCCUGUCCAGCAAAGAACCUCCCAACAAGAGGCAGAGUGCCAAACUGCGAGUGGACCAGCUGAAAUACGACGUGCAGCACCUGCAGACAGCCCUGAGGAACUUCCAGCACCGCCGGUACCUGCGGGAGCAGCAGGAGAGGCAGCGGGAGGAGCUGCUGGCCCGCACCUUCACCACCAACGACUCUGACACCACCAUCCCGAUCGACGAAACCUUGCAGUUUAAUGAAUCCCUGCAGAGUGCCCACCGAGGCAUGGAUGAGCUUAUUGGCAGUGGCACCAACAUCCUGGCUGGGCUGAGGGACCAGAGAGUCACUUUAAAGGGCACCCACAAGAAGAUCCUGGACGUUGCCAACAUGCUGGGGCUGUCCAACACGGUGAUGCGGCUGAUUGAGAAGCGCGCCUUCCAGGACAAGUUCCUCAUGCUGGGGGGCAUGGCUGUCACCUGCCUCAUCAUGUUCCUUGUGGUGCAGUACCUGACAUGAGCUGCUGGCCUCCUGCAUGAGGACUGACUGCCUCCAGAACUGAAUUUCCUCUGGGUGCUGCUUUGGAUGAGCCCUUCCCGUGGACUUCAGAGUUUAUAAAUCCCGCUGGGACAGCGUCACGUGGAAGGCACGUGUGGAAAUGGAUGUGUCAGGAAAUGGGACACUGUGCUUGAGAAUGGCCCUGUGAAAAUAACCCCUGGCCUUUACUGCUCUCCCCUCAAGCCUGCAGGUUAAUAGGAAGCAGAAGUGAACGUUGUGCCCAGCUGUAGCAAGGCAGGAAUGUCCCUUUGGGCACAGAGGGAUGGGAGGAUGCAGAGGCACAGCCUAGGAUGCUGCCAUACUUUCUGACCUGACCCCCUGCAUUUUGCAGUGCAAGAAUGGCACAGAGAAUUUCACAGUGUUGAUGGCACUGAGUGUGCAAAAAGAGUUGGGAAGUGAAGGGGUCCCAUCUGCUUGGAGCAGGAGGAGGAUGUGUGGGGAAGAGUCUUAGAACAGUUAUAACCUCAGUAAACUUCACACACAGUAUUACCCAGCACACAUCUCUCUGGUUUAGGCUGAAAUGCUGCUCUGCUCCUCUGAGGGGUGUUCUGGUGCCUCUCUCUGCCCUGCUGCUUCCCAGGGGGUGCUGAGUGCCCCUACUGCUCCCUCCUGCUUCCACUGGGAUGCACAUCAGGCCUGUGGCAUCUCCCUGGGCUUCCUGCCAAAUGCAGCCUCUAAAACUGAGAUUGUUAAUGCUGGAGCACAGAGCUUUGGGGAGCUGUGUUCAUUUCCUGAGGUGCAGGUUGGGUUUGGGGCUCUGGAGCUGGAACUUCUGAGUGGAUGGAGCAGGUGAGUCCCCCUGUACUCCCUGGAGGUGUAGGGUUGGUCACAGAGCU